AUAAUAACCGAUACGGAGAAAAAAACAGGAGAAAGUUUGAGGGCCGAGGCGGCUGUGGAAAUGUGUUUACCUUUUUAACAAGAAAACAAAACAAAGAGCAGAAUUACGGUUAUUCACUAUUACUGUUAUAAUUAUCAUUUUAUUGAGAGGUUUGGUUUUGUUAAAGAGAACCUCUCUCUGCUUUUGUUUUCUUUUUGAUUUUCUGUGUCGAGUGGCCGCGGCGAUGUCCGCGCAGGCGCAGAUGCGAUCCCUGCUCGACCAGCUGAUGGGGACGGCGAGAGACGGAGACAGCACUCGACAGAGGAUCAAGUUCAUGGAUGACAGAGUGUGCAAGUCUCACCUGCUGGACUGCUGCCCUCACGACAUCCUCUCAGGAACAAGGAUGGAUUUGGGAGAGUGUAACAGGAUUCAUGACCUGGCUCUCCGUGCUGACUACGAGAUCGCCUCCAAACACCAGGAAUACUUCUUCGAACUGGACGCUACAGAUCACCUCCAGUCCUUCAUUGCUGAUUGUGAUCGCCGCACAGAGUUGGCCAAGAAGAGGCUCGCAGACACCCAGGAGGAGAUCAAUGCAGAAGUGGCAGCCAAGGCGGAGCGGGUUCACGAGCUCAAUGAGGAGAUUGGGAAGAUGCUGGCGCAGACGGAGCAGCUGGGAGCCGAGGGGAACGUGGAGGAGUCCCAGAGGCUGCUGGGAGAGGUGGAGAUAACCAGAGGCUUGAAGAGAGAGGCUGAGGAUGUGUACAGGAACUCAAUGCCAGCCUCCAGUUUUCAGCAGCAGAAGUUACGGGUGUGUGAGGUUUGCUCCGCCUACCUGGGUCUCCAUGACAACGACCGCCGGCUCGCGGACCACUUCGGAGGCAAACUGCACCUGGGCUUCAUCGAGAUCCGGGAGAAACUGGAGAAGCUCAAGAAAGCAGUUGCAGCGAAACAGCAGCAGCGCAGCCUGGAGAGGGUGAAACGCAGAGAAGAAAGAGAGGAGCGAGACAAGGGCGAGAAGGAGGAGAGGGACAGAGAGAGGGACCGAGAGAGGAAGAGGACAAGAUCUCGUAGCAGAGAAAACAAGAGGUCUGGUUCUCGGGAUGGACAGAGCCAUCGCUGCAGCUCCGCAUCCUCCUCUCGCAAGAGAAGACCCUCCCCACCCCCGAGAGAGAGGGAACGAGACAGAGAGCGAGAGAGAGGAGGAGAGCGGGAGAGAGGAGGAGGCAGGGGAGGAGAGCGGGAGAGAGGAGGAGGAGGAGGGGGGGAGAGGAGACACAGACACCGGAACAGAUCCAACAGCAGGAGCAGGAGUCACCACCACAGCUCCAGAGAGAGGGAGGAGAGGAAAGAGAGGAAAAAGAGAUCCUCGCGGGAGAAAUCGUCCCGCGACAGAGACGGCCAUUCCAGAGAUGCAUCCCCCGAACCACAGGAGAGGAACCCGUCGAGCGACAACGGACUGGCCAGCUCUGAGGAGAGAGAGGCGGGGGAGAUCUAGAGAGGAGAGAGAGGGGGGGUACAGGGGGCUGAGGAGAGAGAGAGAGAGACGGGAUACAGGGAACCCCAAAAAACAUCUAGCCCUGCUGCUGCUGCACCCAGUCCUGGGGUUCAGAGCUCCCCUCAAUGAAGUCUAGUAUUAUUAAUAUUGCAA